ACUCACUCAUUCCUAUGUUUAAAUGCCGAUAUUUAAAUCACUUAGUUAAUCACAAAUGUUAAGCCAAACAAAUUAUCACAGAGUAAACAGUGAAUUUUAAACAACAAUCAACAAUUUUAACAUCUUAAUUGUGUUACAACCAACAGUCAUUGACCAUUGAUUGCCAACUAAAUUUAAUUCAACAAGUGACCAGCUAAAAACCAUGGACACAAUUAGUAAAUUAUUGUUACUUUUAAGUUACUUAAACUUUAUCAUCCAAGUUCAGUCAAAAAUUAAUUUGAAUAGUUCACCGUCAACGGCAAUUGGGUUUGGUCAACGAAUCGGAGCUUCGAUUAGUUCAUAUUCCCUUCCGAUUUAUAAUCUCGGCUCAACUCCGACCAAUUUACAAGCUGAUUGUUCAGGUGAAGCUUUGUUUGGUAUGUACGCUGAUUUAUCCUCCGGCUGUAGUUCGUAUCAUGUUUGUCAUGGUGGUCGGCGGGACACAUUCACUUGUCCACAGGGAACAUUAUUCAGUCAAGAAUUAAUGACCUGUGAUUAUUGGUAUCGAGUCUCUUGUGGUUCAAACGGUGAAAGUUACUCACCACCCCAACAACCACCACCACCACCGCCACAAGCAUCACCACCACAACAAUUUCCCCCUCAAGGUUAUUAUCCUUCAUGGUCAUCACAACCCUCGAUCCCACAAUCACCUCAACCUCAACAACCAUCAGAUUUCAUCCCAUCAACAGGAAGUUAUAAUCCAUCAGGUUCAUUUCCAGUAUUCCCUCAAUUCCCUCAAUCCCCUUACUCCCCAUCAUCACCCUCAUCCCCUCCCACACCCUAUCAACCACCUUCACCAGGAACUUAUCCCUCCCUCUCACCACCAUCAUCACCUCCAGUUGAACCUUCCUCUGAAAGGGAACGACCUGAAACAGAAGAAGAACCCAGAACAAUUAGACCUCCCACCGGUAGUUAUAAUCCAUUUGAUCCUCCCUCCUCCUCUGGACCCAAUCUCCCGGUUCCCGUUGCACCAAAUCAACCACAAUACCCUCAAUAUCCCCAAUACCAACCACCCUCCGGGUACCCACAGCUACCAGGAAGCUAUUCACCAUCUUCACCCCCAUCGGCGGGUGGACCUCCCUCACAACAACCACCCUACUCAUUCAAUGAUUGGAAUCAAGAUGAACCUGAAUGGACUUACGCUUGGAUGAAAAAAUCAGACCAACCAACUGAUCAAAUAACAAUUAACACCAAUGGUCAACCUGAAAACAACAAUAGAUCACCAAGUGAACCCUCAACUGGUCUACCUUUUGAUUUCUCGCUGGUCAAUGAAAAAUUAGGAGGAUCAGCAGCAAUUAAGGAAAGAUCAGAUUCACCCAGUCCUUGGCUCUUCCCAAUCAACAAUUUGUAUAAAAAAGCUUAAUCCAGUUUAGUAAAAUUUCAUCACAAUUUACUAAUCACUAACUUUCAACAACAACAAUUCUUGUAAUCAAAACUCACCAACACAUUUGAAGGUAAAAAAAACUAAUUAUUAAACAACGAAAAAAAAAAUCAAAUUUUCUAGUUAAUUGUUCAACAAUUUACUUUCAUAUGAAUUAAUUACUCAGCUAAAUUAAAUCUCAUAUCGCUCAUUAAAAGCUGAUCAUCUUA